AUGGUUGGCGAGAGUUUGAAACGUUCACACCCUACGUACUCGCCAGAUCUAAAUCCAUCGGGUCGAAAAAUCGCCCGCUGGGAUGAUGCCACAACCUACCAAUCCAUGAGCAACGGCGGUCGAGCCUCGAACUCGAGUUCAAGACGGUCAUCAUUUUCACAGUCCAAACAACCAAACCAACCACUCACACCCGAUAACAUGGAAGCUAUUCCAAAAGUCAUCGAGGCUUUCGUAACGGCCGUCUUCAAACACGCUCAGAGCAGUCAGCAUUGCAAAAACGUUGAAACAGACUACGAGAAUAUGCUUCCGAGACACAAGGACUUUCCUGCUCUUGAAAUCCAGAAAACCACUCGACUAAAUCAGGCUCGAAAAGACCUUGAGACAACCGAGGCCCAGACGGCAGAGGCUACGGCAUUGUUGUUAGACGCUUUCAAGGCACACUUCCAACCAGGUCCGGCACCGCAUCAGCAUCAGGAUUGCGUGUCGCGCUCCGAGUUCAACAGACUAAAAGACCAGUUUCGCGCAAACCGUGCAGACGCGCACGAGAUGGAGCAAUUGCGUGAACAGAACAAUGAGAUGAACAAAGCAUUAAUGAGAGUGGAGAACGAUCUUGACCGCGAGAUGCGAGCUAAUAAACGGCUCGAAAAUCGCCUAGAUGAUCUCGAGAACAUCAGCCGAAGGACGACCAAGACCAUCGAUGCCACAUGCGGGAAAUACAAGUCUUUAGAAGACUUGACGGCUAAGGAUCGACUGAGCUUCAGGACCCGUUGCUCCGCUUUGGAAACCGAGAUCGACAAGAGCAAAACAAGACACAAAGCGUUUGACGACUAUGUCUACAAAAGCAAAGCAAGCCACGAAGAGCAUACUCAAAGUCUUGAGCUCUACAGACAAAAAGUCGAAUCAUUGCAGCAGGAGCUCAAGGAUCAAGCCGUUCACCCAUCUGUUUCGCCAGCCCUCCACCCUCCUGACCCUUUCCUUGGAAACAUCGAGAGUAGACUCAAAGCAGCCGAACAUUCAGUGGCAGAACUCAAAGAAGAUGCUAAGGGAGAGGAUUCGUUGAUCUUCGAACAGCUCGAUGAAUUACGAACAGACUUGGACAAAAUGCACGCCAAGUUGAACGAAUUGCAGACUGCCGUGGAUGAAGUCAAACGAGCAACCUUGGAAAGGGUCCCAGAGGACUUGAAGCCCCAGCUGGACUACAUCAGUAGGACUGUUGAGACACAUAUCGAUCUCCUACAAAGGCAUGAGGUGCGGCUCAAUUCGGUCACCACAGAUGAACUGUAUAGACAGAUGGACUCUCAGUUCCGUCAAGCAUACGGCGUCCCUAAUGAGUUGAGGGGUAUCGUACAACGGCAAAGCAAAGUCGAAGCCAUCUGCAAAACCCACCAUGAGUCUUUCAACAACAUCCAUACAAGGAUUGAAGCAAUGGCUACGGAGCUCAGAGGCAAUUUACUUAUCUUUGCUCAACAGUCAGGGGGUAGCAUGGGUUGA